AUGAGAAGUUGGGUUCCUGUUCGAUGCACUGGAGGAGUUGAUAGGAUGAAUGGAAAGGUUAUUUAUAGCAGGCAUGAUGAGCGAACGGCGUCGUUCAACGAUCCUUGCCAGAACCUUCACCAUCGCUCGCACAUCUCUAUAGCCAACAUGGCACCACCACCCCCUCUAGGAAGCUAUUCUCCGCAGACGCCAGGAAGCCGGAAUAUGUCCAUGGAUUUCACGAAAGGAAUUGCAACGGAAGUGCGGUAUCUGCUGGCGGAGAUUGGGAAACUUAGGGAUGAGAGGAGGCAGCUCCAGUAUGAAAUCGCAGAGCUCAUGGCCGUGAAGUCAAAGUUCAGCGCUGGUGGGGAGUACCAGCCAGAUUGGAGACCACCUCCGCCGGCAAUUGAGCCACCCCCGGAGGCUCCGCCCGCGAUCGAGGGUGCCCCACCGCCGCAAGCGAAACCAGGCUGGCGCGUUGUUCACAAGAAACCGGAGAGGAAAGCCAGGACAACACCCAAAGCUAUAACGGCCCCUCCACCUCCUCCCACCCCGGUCCCGGAAGCACCGAAGCCAGAGGCACCCGCUUGGGCCCAGUGGAGGCCCAACCCCCUUCUCGUACCCACAACGGUCAACGGGCCACCGUCAGUGCCCAAUUCGCCGCCUCCCCGUACUGGCCUUUUCGGGCCUUCUACACCGCCUCCGAAGUAG